AUGUUUCGAAUCAUUCCGGUUACUCUACACGGAGCCAAUAGUUCUAUCAACACUUUCGCUUUCCUUGAUGAAGGCUCGGAUUUAACAUUGGUAGAACGGGACUUAGUAACCAUGCUAGGUGUAAAGGAAACUCCACUACCGUUAUGUCUACGAUGGACUGGCAAUACAUCGCGUGAAGAGAAGGAAUCACAAAAUAUUACAAUCGAGAUUAACGGGAUCAGCCUGGACAAACGGCGGCAGCUUUUGAACGCGCGAACGGUUCAGAGCCUUGGUCUUCCCAAACAAAGUUUUGACAUGGAAGAAGCGGUAAAAGUGCAUAAGCACCUGAAAGGUAUUCCAAUCGCAAGCUACCAGAAUGCAGUUCCCAAGAUUCUCAUCGGAGUGGAUAAUCUGCGUCUCGCGGUGCCACUGAAAGUUAGGGAAGGAGAAGGAAUCGCUCCAGUGGCAGUCAAAACCAGACUUGGCUGGUGUGUUUAUGGGCCUCGUGGAAAUAAUAAUCAUGGAUCGUAUAGCUUCCAUGUUUGUGGAUGUCUAUGUGAUGAAACGCUUCACGAAGCAGUCAAAAGUUUCUUCACCGUUGAAGGAACUGGAACAACAAUGACGGAAAUCCCGAUGUCUACGGAGGACGAACGAGCGUUAACUAUAAUGGAAGCUACUACCAAGCGAGUGGGCAAACGUUUCGAAACAGGACUGAUUUGGAAAGAAGAUUGGGUGGAAUUCCCGAACAGCUACUCUAUGGCAGUGCGCCGACUAGAAUGUCUAGAACGCAGGAUGGAUCGCGAUACGGGACUGAAGGAGAAUCUCCACAGGCAAAUACGAGAAUACAAAGUGAAAGGCUACGCACAUAAGGCCACGGAAGCAGAAUUGGAGGCAGCGGACCCUAGGAGGGUGUGGUAUCUUCCUGUAGGAGCGGUGAUAAAUCCCAAGAAACCCAACAAGGUGCGUGUAAUCUGGGAUGCAGCUGCCAAAGUCGAUGGGGUAUCAUUGAACAGCGCACUCCUCAAAGGCCCGGAUCAACUUUCUUCUCUUCCGGCUAUUCUUUUUCGAUUCCGGCUUUAUCGGGUGGCGAUCAGCUCGGAUAUCCAGGAAAUGUUUCACCAGGUCAGGAUCCGUGAAGAAGAUAAGAACUCUCAACGAUUCCUUUGGCGUGCUGACCCAUCUAUGAAACCAGAAGUCCACUUGAUGGAUGUCGCUACCUUCGGUAGCACUUGCUCGCCAGCUUCGGCGCAAUUCGUUAAAAAUCGAAACGCGGAGCUGCAUCGACAACUGUAUCCAGAAGCAGCGAAAGCGAUCGUCAACGACCAUUACGUCGACGAUUAUCUGGCCAGUUUUGGUACAGAGGAGGAGGCAGUGCAGGUAGCACGAGACGUACGACUCGUACACGCCAACGGAGGAUUCUCACUGCACAACUGGCGCUCGAACAGCCGGGAGGUUCUAAAACAGUUAGAUGUGGUCCAACCUGCCACUAACAAAAGUCUACUUCUUGCCCAAAGUGAGAAUACGGAAAGGGUUCUCGGAAUGCUUUGGAAUCCCGUAACCGACAUGCUGAGCUUCUCGACCCAGAUGAGUGUUGAAAUGCAGGAGUUAAUUCGAACCGCUACAAAACCAACGAAGAGACAAGUGUUACGGUGUGUUAUGACGCUGUUCGAUCCAUUGGGGAUGCUCGCACCGUUCCUCAUACACGGCAAGGUGUUAAUUCAAGACCUAUGGAGAGAGGGCACUAAAUGGGACGAGCAAAUCGGUCCUGAUGCAUAUGUGAAGUGGCAGCGAUGGAUCCGGAUGAUCGAGUAUAUUAGUGAUGUACAAAUUCCACGAUGUUAUUUCCGUCACGCUAACCAGACAACCUAUCAAAACUCUGAGCUACAUGUGUUUGUUGACGCCAGCGAAGUAGCGUAUUCGUGUGUAAUCUAUUUGCGCACGCUCAGCGAAGGAAGUGACCCACGAUGCUGCAUUGUGGCUGCCAAAUCCAAGGUCGCUCCAAUAAAACCAAUGUCCAUACCGAGGCUGGAGCUACAAGGAUGUGUUUUGGGCGUGCGUUGGUCUAAGUUCGUCAGGGAAAAUCACGAUAUUCCAAUUACAAGAACGGUGUUCUGGACGGACUCCAGAACGGCACUGGCAUGGAUCCGAGCAGACCCCAGAAGUUAUCGACAGUUCGUGUCCUUCAGGGUAGGUGAAAUUCUUGAGCACACGAUGGCAAGCGAAUGGCGAUGGGUUCCAUCAAAGGCGAACCCAGCAGACGAGGCGACCAAAUGGGGCAGCGGACCAUACUUUGACCCCAAUAGUAAGUGGUUUCAAGGUCCAGAAUUUCUGAAACUACCCGAAACUGAUUGGCCUUGCCCUAAAGAACCAGUGACUUCUACUACAGAAGACAUACGCGCAUCCAUCCUGCACCAUUCCACCUACGAGCAGGUUAUUGAUUUUCAUCGAUUCUCCUCUUGGAAUCGGUUGCAUCGAGCAACUGCUUAUGUACUUAGAUUCCUGCAUAAUUCUACCAACAAGCAUCCGAAGCAUACCGGACCACUUCAACAGGAAGAACUUCGUGCGGCGGAGGAAACGAUUUUCAAGUUGGUGCAGCGAGAAUGCUACCCGGAAGAGCUCACUGCAUUAUCAGGAAGAGCACCUAAUCGAACUGGACAGGAAAUAAUUGGUAAACAAAGCUCCAUUUAUCGAUUGUUGCCGAUUUUGGACAACCAUGGUUUGCUGCGUGAGCGAGGUCGGAUUGGCGCAGCUGAGAACGUUGCCUUCAACGUGCGUCAUCCUAUCAUUCUCCCGAGGAAACAUCCAGUUACUGAGCUUCUAGUUCGCCGAUAUCACCAAGAAUACCGCCAUGGAAAUGCGGAAACCGUGGUGAAUGAAAUCCGCCAAUUGUAUACGAUUCCAAGGCUUCGAAUAAUAGUUAAGAAAGUGAGCUACGACUGCACAUCUUGUAAAAUCCGUCGAGCAAAACCAGUGAUCCCACUAAUGGCACCACUUCCUGCUGCCCGCAUGGCCCACCAUGAACGAGCUUUCACCUAUACCGGAGUAGACUACUUUGGGCCACUACUGGUGAAACUAGGAAGGUCCAACGUCAAACGCUGGAUCGCACUGUUUACGUGCUUGACGGUACGGGCCGUCCACCUCGAAGUCGCAUACAGUUUGUCGACGGAAUCUUGUAUAUCAUGUGUUCGACGAUUCGUAAGUCGCCGAGGUCCUCCCGCUGAGUUCUAUAGCGACAAUGGAACGAACUUUCAAGGAGCCAACCGAGUAUUGCAGUACCAAAUAAGCCAGGGACUCUUCGCAACCUUUACAAGUACAACUACAAAGUGGAACUUCAUCCCACCAGGAGCGCCCCACAUGGGCGGAGCGUGGGAACGUCUGGUGCAGUCGGUGAAAAAUGCGAUCGGCGAAGCGUACAACGAAGGGAAACUUGAUGACGAGGGGCUGCAGACGUUGGUCGUGGAGGCAGAGCAUAUGGUGAACUCAAGGCCUCUGACGUACAUGCCACUCGAGUCUGAGGAGGCAGAGGCGCUCACACCGAACCAUUUCUUGCUACUGAAUUCUACCGGG